AUGUAUGAGAGGCUGGAUUAUUUGAUCCAUAUCGGCGUUCUGGUUCAAGGGGUGGUCAACGAAAAUCUUUUGGACGUCUACAACCGCACUCACACUGAUGAGGAGGAUGACUUCCCCCUCAAUCUUCUCGACGCUCUGAACGAUGAAGAUUGGGAUGAUGCAGCUGGGAUAGUGCUGGAAAUCCCUGAACUGAGCCUUCCGGACAGUGAUUAUAUCCUUCCGAUGCUUCACGUUCUAUUUCGUCUGGGAAAUGUGGACGAGUUGCUGGAGCACGCGGAUAAUUGGCGAGCCACUCGGAACGCUGACAUCGACGGCGAUAAAGAUGCCCAUUUCUUCGUCUCGCUUUUGGAGAUCCAGGCAAAGGCAAUUGAAUUGAAUCGUGCCAACUCGGAGGCCUGGUGUCGUCUCGCCUUGUUGUACGAAAAAUUUAACCUGCAUAGUGAAUCAAAACAGGCAUGCGAAACCGGCCUGAAGAUCAACCCGGAAUGUGGAUUUAUUUGGACAGUUUACAAAUUGGCUACUGGCGAGGGAUUGAACGCGCUUUGUCGGUACGCCAAGCCGCCGAUCCACAUUCCACUUGUCAUUUCAUAUAUCUUGGCUUACAAAAAGGAGCUCCACAAAGCUAGCAUUAAUGCCCUGCACGACGUUCGCCCGCGUCAUGAAUUUUUGGAUGUUUGGCCAAUCGAGGUGGAUGACGAGCUUGACAAUGAGCUGAGUUAUCUGGAAGACGAUGGGGAAGAGCCGUUCCGUCUUCGACACCAAUAUGCUAAAGUACUGCCCACUUUUGUAAAC